GUCUCCUGAGCUCAUUAGUAACUUAACCUCAACAGGAAUAAGUGUGUGUAUGUGAAGUAAAGCUGUGUGUGUGUGUGUGUUUGUGUGCAAACUCUUGCAAUGAAGGCUCUACUGUUCAUCUUCUUCCUCGUCAAAUGUUUUCCACAUUCACAUGCUGUGGAAAAGAUACAGGCGUUCUUCAUCGCCGCAGUGGAGACCAGCUGGGACUAUCAGAACACUGGUGGGGUGGAUCCAGCUGCUAAUCAGAGGGGAUCCAGCAUUAAGAAAUAUGCCAAGGCCGUGUACACUGAAUUUACAGACUCCACUUUUACCACCCCGAAAACGAAACCUCCAUGGGCAGGAAUUCAGGGUCCUACGAUCAGAGCAGAGGUGAACGACAGAGUGGUGGUCCACUUUAAGAACUUUGCCACUUAUCCUCUCAGCAUUUCCCCGAUCGGCAUCCCCUACUGGAAACAAUCUGAAGGGGCUGGUUAUGAUGACUCCACAUCUGUCCAGGAGCAAGAGGAUGAUGCGGUACAGCCUGGUGGAUAUUAUAAAUACAUGUGGGACAUUCAUCCUAACAGUGGGCCAACCAUCACAGACCCAGAAUGCCUCACCUACUCCUACUCAUCACAGGUGGACAUUGUGCGAGACUUCAAUUCUGGACUCAUUGGUGCUUUCCUGAUCUGCAAAUCAGGCGCUCUAACGGAGGACCGUCAACGAAAGGUGCCCGAGUUUGUGCUGCUGUUUGCCGUGUUUGAUGAAAGUAAGAGUUGGUAUAGAGAUGUGGGCAGAGCAGAUAAACUAAGGAAAUCAUCCGCUCGUCAGCAGUUUCACACCGUCAACGGAUACGUCAAUUCCACACUGAAAGGUCUGAAAUUAUGCCAGAAAAGUCCAGAGGUUUCCUGGCACCUUAUUGGUCUGGGCUCCACUCAAGACAUCCACACCAUUCAUUUCCAGGACCACACUCUAAUAGUCAUGGACCACAGACGGGUUACGGUGGAGAUAACCCCUAUGACCUUCACCACCGCCCUGCUCAGGCCAUAUGCCGAAGGGAAGUUUCUGAUUUCCUGUAGGAUCCAUUCCCAUGAGCAAGCUGGGAUGAGUGCCUUCUUCACUGUGGAGAACUGCCCUGAAUCCAAUGCAUUGCCUGAAAAACUAAAUGUCCAGCACACUUAUGAGGAAGAGGAGAGGGAUGAAGACUACCCAAUGGAUAAUCUUUUCUCUAUUGUGCUCCGACCUGGUGGACCCCCAUCAGUUCUGAGGUCUGGUGGAAAACGACCCAAAGUCUGGAUUCAUUACAUCAGCGCAGAGGAGGUCAUGUGGGACUACAACCCUGAGGGUGACCGACUUUCGAAGUUCGAGCCUUCAGUUCAACAAACACAACGCUUGGGUAAAGUCUAUAAGAAGGUGGCUUAUGUCGAGUACACAGACCACACAUUCACAAAAAAGAGGAGCCAAAGCAAUGCACUGAUUGGGCCAGAACUUAGGGGAGAGGUGAACGACCAGUUUCAGAUUGUUUUUAAAAAUAUGGCCAAUCGACCUUAUAACAUCUUUCCAAAUGGACUUGUCAGCGUGCAGCCCAUGAAGAAAACAGAGAAGCAAGUGGACCUGCGGUCCCUGGCUGUCCCACCAGGUGAGAUUAUGAUGUACCUGUGGAAAGUGACACCAGAGGACGCUCCCACCGAGGCCGACCCCCGCUGUCUGACCCGGCUGUAUCACAGCACUGUGGAUCCAGAGCGAGACAUGGCGUCCGGCCUAGUAGGGCCCCUUAUCAUCUGCAAAUCAGAAAGUUUGGACAAACGAGGGAAAGUGUUAUCUUCAGACAGAGAAAAACACCUCAUGUUCUCCAUCUUUGAUGAAAACAAAAGCUGGUAUGCUGAUGAGAAUAUCAGGAAGUUUAGCGAAGAUCAUUCCAAGAUUGAUCGCAAUGAUCCUCAUUUUUACAACUCUAAUGUCAUGCACAGUGUAAAUGGUUUCAUGUAUAACAGUCUGCAAUUUAGGAUGUGUGUUGGUGAUGUUAUGCUAUGGCACGUGGCCAGUGUGGGUAUGCAGAGUGAUUUCCUCUCAGUGUAUUUCAUGGGAAACCCGUUUGAAAGGGACAGAACCUAUGGCACAGUUCUUACACUUUUCCCAAUGACCGGUGACACUGUCAUCACUGAGAUGGAGACCAAAGGUGAGUGGGAGAUUGGUGCCUUCGAUCCAACUCUGAAAGCAAAAGGGAUGAGUGCACGGUACUCUGUGUUUAACUGUGAACCAGAGCUAACCCUGGUGGACACUGAUGAUUAUGAUGACUUGAACGAUCACAUAGAUAAGCAUUUCCCAAUCCCACGGGGCUUCAGGAAGAGGAACCGAAAUGUGGCUAUCGAGGUUUGCCAGAAAGUGUCAAGCAACACAAGCCAAACAGAGCAGCAAAAUGCCACCAAGAUGCCUCUAGAGAAAAAAGGGGAGAAGACCACCCUGGUAUGCAAGAGAAAACUUGUCCCAGUGGAUGACGCCGAGGAUUUGGAUGUUCUUUCACAGGGAGGAAUUCCGCAGGAUAUUCUGGAUCAACUCAACAUGGAGAUGAGCACAUCAAAACGCCAGAAAAGACUUGCGUUUGUAGAGAAUGACACAGAAGCAAAGAGUGAUCAUCCUGCCUCUCAUUCCCACAGAACUAACACAGAAUCAGUGAGUCAGAGAAAUGCAAAAGUAGAUGGCGUGGUUAAGAUGGAAGACAAUGAAACAGUAAGAUACCAGGAUGUAGAUAAAGCUGAGAAAUCAAAUCUAAAUAAGAGCGCAUCUGUUGACCUGUUUAAGAAAUUCAUUCAGAAAUCAGGGCUGAAUACGACCUCUAAGUUGGAUCUCAAGGCUAAUUUAACAGAGAGGACUCGGAGAGAGAUAUGGGAAAAGAAUAUAGGUGAGGCCACAAACACAAAUGAUGGAAUGAGUGACAAUGAUGUUCUAAAAGACCUGGACAAGUUGAUGAAAAGCCCAGAUCCUCAAAUAUAUGACUACAAAGGUGUACACCAUCUGAAUCUGAGCUCUCAGUAUUCCCCAUCAAACUCCUCACAGAACGAGACCUACCUGAAGAACCUUCCGCCCUUGGAGUAUGACGAUUACGAAGAUGAAGGGAACAAAACUGUUCUGAGCUUCAGUUCUACUGAUGAGAUAGAUAUCAGGUCCAGUGAAACAAAAUUCCGUAGCUAUUACAUUGCAGCUGAGGAAAUCAUGUGGGAUUAUGGGAUUGACAAACCUUCCCAACUCAUCAGUGCCAGGGAGACGAAGAAAGGAAUGAGAAAGUAUUUCCCAGCCUACAGGAAAGUUGUGUACAGAGCAUAUCAUGACAGAGAUUUCAAGAAUCCUGUUAAACGUGGAGAGCUAGAUGAACACCUUGGGAUUAUGGGUCCCGUACUUAAGGUGGAGGUUAAUGAUGUUCUUACUGUAGUUUUUAGGAACACUGCCUUCAGACCGUACUCCCUGCACCUACACGGUGUGUAUGAUAGGACCACAGUGAGCUCUGCACCACAGGGGGUGGAGCUACGGGAGGAUGAGGGACCUGGUGACCCAGUGCCUCCUGGGGAAGAGAGGAUCUACAACUGGAGAAUUACUAAAAGACAAGGACCAUCAUCCAAAGACUUUGACUGCAAGGCCGGGGCCUAUUACUCUACAGUUAAUAUGGAGAAGGACAUCAACUCUGGUCUGAUUGGUCCAUUGCUGAUCUGUCGUCCCGGUACACUUAAGUCACGUGUCCUCCUGCAGCCGGGAGUGCAGGAUUUAUUCCUCCUGUUCACCGUUUUUGAUGAGAAGAAGAGCUGGUAUCUGGAUUACAACAUCAGGAAGUUCUGUACAUCACCAUGCCAGGCCAAAGUAGAUGAUCCCUGGUUCGAGACCAACAACAAAUUUGCUGCAAUAAAUGGAUACGUCGCAGAUACCCUACCUGGCCUGGUGGUGCCACAGCACCAGAUAUCUCGCUGGCACCUGCUAAACGUGGGCAGUGGUGGAGAGUUUCAUGCUGUCCAUUUCCAUGGAAUACCUUUUAGCGUUGGGAAAGACCAGGAACACCGCCUGGGCAUCUUCAAUCUUUACCCGGGUGUGUUUGGAAGUAUUGAAAUGAGACCAGGAAUAGCGGGCACCUGGCUGGUGGAGUGCACCAUUGGAGAUCACCAACACGCUGGCAUGAGAGCCACACUUCUUGUUUAUAACCCACAAUGUAUUCAGCCCUUGGGAAUGCAGUCAGGAUGGAUAGCUGAUGAACAACUCACUGAAUCUGAUCAUUAUGAUAAAUGGGAGGCAGGAUUAGCCCGAUUGCACUUAUCUGGAUCAGUUAACGCUUGGAUCGGCAACAAUGAGAACUCCUGGAUCCAGGUGGAUUUGUUACGGCCCAUGGUGGUCCACGGGAUCCAGACACAGGGCGCGAAAACUUCAUUUGGUCUGAAAGAAUUGUUCACGGUGAUCUUCAACAUCAGCUAUAGCCUGAACCUGAAAACAUGGAAGACGUACAAAGGAAACAGCAGCGAGUCUGUAUAUAAAUUUAAUGGAAACCUGGAUGGCUCCAGAGUAAAAGAGAACCUCUUCUCGCCUCCAAUCAUUGGUCGCUACAUUCGCAUUCAUCCAUCCACCUAUGUUACCAAGCCCACUCUGAGGUUUGAACUGCUUGGCUGUGACCUCAACAGUUGCUCACUGCCGUUAGGAAUGCAGAGAAGACUGAUUCCUGACAACCAGAUUAGUGCUUCUACAUUCCGACAAAGCUGGAGGAACUCAUGGAGCCCUGGCCUCGCCCGACUCAACCAAGAUGGCAGCGCCAAUGCAUGGAGACCCAAGACUAAUAACCCUUACGAGUGGCUGCAGGUGGACUUUAAGGUGGUGAAGAGAGUCACUGGUAUUGUCACACAGGGAGCCAGAUCCAUGCUCACAAGCAUGAUGGUGACAGAGUUCUCGAUCUCUGUUAGUGAUGAUGGCCACAGCUGGGCCAUGGUCACUGAACCAGGAAUGCAGCAGGAGAAGAUCUUUGAAGGGAACAAUGAACACGAUGAGGAGAAGCUGAAUGUGUUCGAGUCGCCGCUGUUCACCCGAUUUAUCCGCAUCCAUCCAAAAGGCUGGGUUAAUGACAUUGCACUGAGGGUGGAGUUCCUGGGGUGUGAUACGCAACAGAGACUCUGAGAGACAGCGUGUGUGUGUGUGUGUGUGUGUGUGUGUGUGUGUGUGUGUGUGUGUGUGUGAGUGAGGGAGAGAGAGUGGGAGUGAGUGAGUGUGUGUGUGUGUGUGUGUGUGUAUGAGUGAGUGAAUGAGUGACAGUAUAAAAUAUAUAGAUGUGAGAGGAAGAAUGUAUACGAGAAAUAAAAUGUGUGGGGGAAAAAAAGACAGAGGUCAUUGACACUGAAUGUAUUUUUACUGAUGCAUUUGUAUCCGUAAUUAUUUUGUAUUAUUUUAAUUUUUAUCUCUCAAACCUUUUGAUGCUGUAAAUGGAUUUCUGAUUGGUCAGGAUCUGUUCAGAGAAAUAUAUUUAUAUAUUUUUUCCAAAUAAUAUUUGCCUUUUUAUUAUGUAUUUGUCACAUAGGACACUUUGUGUAUGUACAAUUACUGACUGUAGCCUGUUUGCUGUGUGGUGUUGAUAUGAGAGGUAUAAGGUACAGCAGCAGUGCUGCACAUGUUUUCAAACACUGUGUACACUUACUGCACACUCUUCCACUGUUGGAAACUUGUAGGUGUACAGUUAGAGGCCAUAGUUUAUCGUUUUCCAUGCACAAUGUGUGUUAACCCUUUAUCUUUGUCAGUUUAUGACCACAGCACUGCUGCUGUAUCUGAUAACACUCGUACCAACACCACAAACUCUGUUACCAUAGCAUUGUCACUGCAGUGCUACGAAGGGUCCACCUAAUAAUAUCUGGUCCUCUAUGGUCUUUUGGUGGUCCUUUUCCAUUACUAAACAGGGCAGAAAGAGCUAAUACAUUGUGCAUUGUCCAGUCAGUGACCUAUGUAAGUGGACCUGCUUAAAAGGCAAUUCAGUUUAUAUACUGGAUUCAAGGAAAUAUAUGUAUGUGUUAAUUCCACCUUUUGUUACAGCUUUUUUAAUUUUUAUUAUUUAUGGACUAUACAAUAGUUAUAGAUCAAACCUGCUUGUUCUCUGUCAAAUAUGCUGCUCAGUUAACGUCUUUAAAAAGCGUUUAAUCUGCUCAUGUGACUACAGGAGAUUCAGAUAUCAGUAUACAUUUACAUCAUGUUAGGACACAUAUAUUAGUCACAUGUACUGAACAUAAUGAAGACACUAUUAACACUACUGUUUUAUUCUGAAUGUAGAUUUGAGUGUUUGCACUGUGAAAGGAUUCAAAUGACUUAAUUGUUGAUGUGAUUUAUAAUGAAAUAAAGUAUUUAAGUGUGAAACUCAAAA